CACACACAUACACACCCACCCCUGUCCUGUGCCCGCCACCCGGGCCUGACUUUCCCCCCAGAUCAGCCUGGGCCUGAUCCGAUCCGAUCCCAAAGUAGCCUGAUCCUGCCCCCUGCUUCCCUCCCAGAUCAGCCUGGACCUAAUCCUGUCCCCCACUUCCUCCCGAUCAGUCUGAUCCUAUCUUAUCCUAUUCCUUCCCCCCCAGAUCAGCCUGAUCCCUUCCCCCCCAGAUCAACCUUGCCUGAUCCUGUCCCCACUUCCCUUCCAGAUCAACCUGGGCCUGAUUCUGUACCUGCCACGUGCCUGACAGCACUACAACCCUUUCCUCCCCCCUCCCCUUUUUUUUUUACAGAACUGAGUGGAGCCUGCACUGCCCAGCUACCAGGGAGCUGGGGCACCCCCAGCUGUCGCCAGCGAGUCCUCCCCGUAGGUGCGCUGCACCCGCCCGUGCCCCAGGGUGACUCUGCCCCCAGCCCAGGUAAAAAAAGAGCGGCCGCAGUGCCACUAGCAAGGCCAGCUGGACGGAGCAGCCUGCAGCAGGUGCUGCCCAGCCUGCUGCCCAGCUUCACAGCCAGGACACCCCCAAGCUGCCCAGAAGGGGUAGGUGUCCCGCGGUGCGAGUGUGAGGCAGGCCAGUGAGGGGGACCCUGCAGAGUGGAGAGUUGGGUACAGGACAGGCAGAGACUAGAGGGGAAGAGAUGGUGUCGUAGUGGGGUACGGAGGCAGGCUAGGCACAGCUGGGGUAGACAGCCUGGAAACAGGGUGCCCAUAGGCAGAGAAGGUUGGGAGGGAAGUCCUGAGUAGGCUGUGGCUGGCUGGGAAGUGCACUUAGGAGUGGGGUGCAAACUGUGGUUUGGCCAGAGAACAGACAAGAACAUGCUCCUUCACCCCAUGGUGUUGGCCAUUCGGCGGCGACGGGCUGCCCAGGGGGAGCCCCGGACUCAGGCUCUGGCCUUGGGUCCGGCUCGGUCCCUGCCCCAGCCCCGCUCUCAGUCCCACCCCCACGCACAGACCCUGGGUCCUUUUCACCAGCAGCUUCAGGCCCGGACCCAGGGUCCAGCUCACCCGCAGCUUCAGGCCCGGACCCAGGGUCCAGCUCGCCCACAGCCUCAGACCCAGGCCCAGGGCCUGGGUCCUGCUCGCACCCAGCCUUUGGCUCAGGCCCUGGGUCCAGCUCAUCCCCAGGCCACAGCCCAGGCUCUGGUCUUGGGUCCAGCCCGGCCCCAGCCUCGUGCCCGAGCCCGGGCCCGGCAACAGGCCCAGGCUCGGGUAUACCAACCACACCAGACCUUUGAGGGGCUCAGUGACCGGGUCUGCAUCCAGCGGUACCGACUCACAGCAGAUGCUAUGUAUCAUUUGUGUGAUCUGCUGCGGGGCAGCCUGGGAGCAUCUCAGAAUACCAACUUUGCACUCUCAGUCCCAGACAAGGUCAGUACUGCCCUUGCUAUUCUGGCCUCCGGCUCUUUCCAGAGGUUUGCUGCUCAGACCACAGGUGUUGGCCAGUCCACAGCCUCUAGGGUUCUGGGCCAGUUCCUGGAGGCCCUUAUCCCGCAUACCCCAGACUACAUCACCUUCCCCACGGACCCCAGCACCCAAGGACAAACCAUGCGGGACUUCCUUGAGAUCGCAAACAUCCCCCAAGUCCUGGGUGCUGUGGAUGGCACAUACGUGAACAUCAAGAAACCUGCGCAAGACUCCCACACGUUUGUGAACAGGCACCGCACGUAUGCCAUGAAUAUGAUGGUGGUCAGCAGCGCCCGCCUUGAAUUCACCGAUGUCCUGGCCAGGUUCCCUGGCUCCAGCCAUGACUCCUCCGUGUGGUCCCAGUCAGCUCUCCUCAGGCGAUUCCGCCGCGGAGAGUUCACACCUGGGUGGCUGCUAGGUGAUCACAGCUACCCCCUCCAGCCAUGGCUCCUCACUCCACUGGCGCAUCCCGAGGGUGAUGCUGAGCUGCAAUACAACCAUGCCCAUAAACGUACCAGAUUUCUGUGUAAGAUCCUCCAACAGCGCUACCCAGCCAUAACACUGUGGGGAUGUGAAUCACCUAUGGAAUUCAUGACACUGCCACUCUUCUUGGACUGGAAGGCGAGCUCUGGAAAAUGGGCAAAUGGGGAUGGGAAGAGGAUUUAGGGUUAGACAGCUCAAAGCCAGUGUCUGUGAGUGCAGGGUGCCAUGUGCCUGAUACAUGUCUCCCAGUUAAAACUCCCUGUGCCUAUUGCAAGCUCUGGACCUCAUCUUGGCCUAUAACCUCAGGUCUUUUCAUUUCUUCUGGCUCAGUGGUUUGUCCCUGGCUGCCCUCAAUGUCAGUUUGCUGCUGCAGCUUUUCCCUUAGGCAGUCACACUUCGCUGGGGUGAUGUGUAUCACCAUCCCUCUGAAGUCCCCCAGGUGCUAAGCCAUAAAAACAGCAUAUGGGGGACAAAAUUGGGUGAUGUGGGGGACCUGCUGUGCCCUCAUCUCUGCGUAUGAUGUGUGUCUCCCUCCAUGGCAGAAGCCCCUUGGCAAUGGGUCAAGAGCAAGGGAAAUCAGAGAAAGUUGCUGAGAUCUGUACAGAGGAGAAACCUCUAAGCUGGAGGUGAGAGAGGAAUGGGAGCCAAAGUAAAACUGUAGGGUCCUGGAUUCAACAGCUACACUUGCUUGCCUUUCAUUUUAAAGCAUUUCCAGCAGUACUGGGAUUACUCUUAAGAGUAGUGGUUCUCCAUCUUUUUAUACUCCAGGCACCCCUUGUUUGGCUUGAACCCAUUGUUCAGCUCAAGACACCCCUAGGAGAAUGACAGUUCUUACCUUUCACUCGAUUUUUUUGACUACAGAAAAAUAAUAGAGCAAUUCUUCUGUUGCAGAGAACUUAGAAAGACCACAGUAGGUCAAAGCUAUUAACACUGUAGAUUCUUAGUUGAGAGCUCUGGGUUUAUCUUGUGAAUCAUGUUUGCACCCCCAACAAUGCUAACAUUGCAUGGCUCCCUUGAAAGCAUCUCAAGGCACCCUAGGGUGCCAUGGAACGCCAGUUAAGAAUCACUGAUUUAGAGUGUAUUGAUUAUGAUUCAUCUUGAACAGGCCAACAAGCUUCUGGGAGAAAUCCCCUAACGAAGAUAUUUCCCUAAUAAGCUCUCUUAGCUUAAAGAUUAUUCAAGUUGUAGUAUAAGACUUUAAACAAUGAGUUAACUGUGCUAUUUUUAGAUGUGCAUGGAAAUAAAUACUGUGUUUUCUAAACCACUGUCACCAUUCUUAAUGUUUGGUUUAUGUAGAUGGUGACAGUACGGAAAGUCAAGAGAAUAUGAGGCAAGACACAUUUGGGAGGAAGAUCAAGGAAGAGAAUAUGGGAAGUCAGAAAGCAUCUUGGCUCUUUCUCCAGCUAGUAGUAGGAAAUGGAUGACCCAUUCCCCUAUUGUAGUGGUGAGUAGGUGGUGAGGGAAAUCUUCAUUUGAGCAGUCAGGAAGAGAUGUAUGUUUGUGUAUUGAUUAAAGGUUUAUACUUCAA